AUGCAUCAAGCAAUAACACAGACGGAUAAAAAGUUGACACCACUAAACCUUUCAGAAAAAUCUUUCGACCCUGAGGCAAAGAUAACCCCAAUGCAGGAUCUGGUUCGCCAAUGGAAAGCCAAACCACUACAUGGUCGGUAUAGGAGCCGCAUAGAAGACAACGCCAUUGACACGAAGGCUUCCCAAGGAUGGUUGCAGUCAGGUAAUCUGUUCCUGGAGACGGAGGGCUUCAUAGCCUCCAUCCAGGAUCAGGUAGUCCCAACAAAGUUGUACCGAAAGCGUAUAAUGCAUGAGAACGUUGACGAUAUCAGAUGCCGCAUAUGUGGGGAAAAAGAUGAGCACAUAGAUCAUAUUGUAGCAGGCUGCUCUCCCUUAGCUCCUAAACAAUAUCUUGAAAGGCACAAUGAUGUGGCCAAAAUACUUUAUCAAGCUUUGGCUAAAAGCAUCUAG